AUGGCUUCCCGUCGCGACCUGCUCCACGAGGAGGAGCGCGCCCUCGUGCCACCUCAUGUCCGGGACCGACUCACGUCCGCCAUACCGGCCUCCGACGUCACCAAGGUCUGCCUUCGCCUCCGGCACCUCGUCCAAGAAUGCGUCCCUUGCGAGAUGGAUGAGGCGAGAAUCACCACGCCCCAUAGCAAAAUUAUUACCAAGCAGGUCAUCCAGGCCGCCAAAGAAGCCGGUGGCGAGGCUCACAAAUCAUGCGUUGUAUACUCGCUCCUGGUCAACCAGAGAUGGUUUCGCCGCGAGGCGCUCGCUGAGCUAUGGGACGCCGGGCUGCAUAACCUGCGCGCCGAGGCCUGUGGUGUCAUUGCCAAGGCACUCAUCGAGACCGAAGACGACGCCCAGUACCUCAUGCACGCCAUUUUGCUCCGACGGUACUCGUUUCUCGUCGACGGCACGCCCACGACCCCCGUCAAUGUCAUCGAAAAGGCAGUCGACCUGCAUUCGGUGCGCGUCAUCGGCUCCUCUGGCUACCAGAAAUGCAUAAGCUACCUCUGGAGCGGGUGGCUGGUCCAGGACGAAAACGACGCCGCCGUCUUCGUCGACUACAAGAACAAGGACAAUCCCAACUUCUUCGUCCACAUGGACCCCGAUCGCAUGCGCGCGCCGCGCUAUCAGAAUGCUGCCCAGCUCUUAUUCUCCCUCGUCUACCUCGGCCUCUACACGGCGGCCAUCAACUCGGUCAACGCCAGCGGCGUGUUUGACGGCGCAGAGGUGACGCUGUAUAUUUUCACGCUCGGCUUCAUGUGCGACGAGGUGCUGAAAUUUUACAAAGCCGGCUACCAGAUCCUCGGCUUCUGGAACGCCUUUAACGGCUUGCUGUACUUAUUCGUGACGGUAUCCUUUGUCUUUAAAGUUAUCGGGCUCGUGCACGAUGGCGACUCGGAUUAUAGGGAUAUGUAUACCCAACUCAGCUACAACUUGCUGGCAUUUAUUGCGCCCAUGUUUUGGUCGCGCCUCCUACUCUACUUCGACAGCUUCCGCUUCUUCGGUGCCAUGCUCGUUGUCCUCAAGGUAAUGAUGAAAGAGUCCAUGAUAUUCUUUGCGCUUCUCAUUAUUAUCAUUAUCGGCUUCCUGCAAGCGUUUAUCGGCCUGGACAUUACGGAAAAUAACAUCAUCGAUGACGUACCCUUUAUUGUCGAAUCGAUGCUCAAAGCAAUUAUGCAAAGUCCGGAAUUUGAUGGGUUCGAGUCAUUCGGACAUCCGUGGGGAAAAAUUCUCUACUACUGCUUCACAUUUGUUGUGAUGAUUAUCCUCCUCAAUAUUCUCAUCGCACUCUACAACUCAGCCUACGAAGACAUCUAUGGAAAUGCCGACGACGAAUAUCUGGCCCUUUUUGCACAAAAGACGAUGCAAUUUGUUCGCGCCCCUGACGAAAACGUGUACAUUGCUCCGCUCAACCUGGUGGAAAUUGUCGUCUCGGCUCUGACCGAGUGGUGGCUGCCAAAGCACAUCUACGAAACCAUCAACGACUGGAUCAUGGCGUUCCUGUACUCGCCGCUGCUGCUGGUCUCUGCCUUUCUGGAGACCAAGACAGCGCACAGGAUCCGUCAGAACCGCGCAAGGGGCGAGGAAGACGACGAUGUGGUCCACGAAUGGGAGCAGCUGGCGCAUGAAAUGGACUUUGAGGCCGAGGGGUGGACGAAGACAUGCAAUGCCGUGCGACCUAAUGUUGAGGACGACGCGGCGGUACUGGAAGUGAGAAAGCUUCAAUCAGAAGUGGCGGAGCUGAAGACGAUGAUUGCCAAACUGAUAGAGACGCGACAGGCAUAG